CCCUCCUCCGCAACAAGAACGAUGGCCACUCAAUCGACGAUCCGCAGCAUCAAGUCUGUCGUGCCGCUCCUCGACCGCAUCCUGGUCCAGCGCUUCAAGCCCGAGCAGAAGACAGCGUCGGGCAUCUUCCUUCCCUCUGCUGCUACGCAGUCUCCCCUUCCCGAGGCUAGUGUCAUCGCCGCGGGACCUGGUGUUGCUGACAAGGAGGGCAAGCUGGUCCCCACGAGCGUCAAGCCCGGCGACAAGGUCCUCCUCCCAGGCUGGGGCGGCAACAGCAUCAAGGUCGGCGAGGAUGAAUACCUCCUCAUCAGAGAUUCCGAGAUUCUGGCUAAGAUCAACGAGUAAAAGGCCGAGGUGUUCGGGGGUCCUCGCAUAAUUUGUACUUUCAGCAAUCACCACUCUUCAGAGACCACCCUCGCUGCCAUUCGCUUCUCGCAUUGUCUGUGUCUCUGAUUUGACGAGGCUGUAAGCCUUUCUCGUGUCAUUUGCUCCCGCCGUUGUUCGCGGUACCAGCCACCUAGCGUCUUAGGCUUGUCUGCUUGCUUGCUUGCUCGACGAAGAGGAUUUGUCCAGCUUGAAGGUUUCAUAUGAUGAGAUGGUCACUGAGAAAUUAUCGAUGAUGGAGCAAUGCAACG